GGACUGUAUAUAUACACACAUAUAUUUAUUACAUAAAUGUUAAUUUUGCAGUGGAAACUCUCUGUUUGCGGUUCCUGCUAAUCAAGAGUUUGUCUACAUAUUCUCCACAAAGCGAUAUCUCUCAGAUUUUAUUGGAUUCUUUUUGUCUCAAAUAAGGUUCCACUGCCAAAUGGCUAAAGACUUGGAUAUUUCUGAUUCCAAGCCGAAGAGCAAAUCUAAUAUCCUAGGAAAUAAUUUAAGUUUUCCGUAUGUAAAUGGUUUCACAUUUGAGCCAUUUUCAACCAAUGAUAACUCUGAACAUAGUUUUUCCAAGUUUCUGUUUCAACACAUAAAUCUAGCCUUGACAAAGGGAUUCGAUGAUAAUGUUGGACGAUUUCCGGUUCCUGCUUAUUUCGAGUGUGCGUCUGAACAGGUCAUAACAGCCCAAGUCGUGUACAUUUACAUUUACGGAAGGUGCAAUAAAGUCUUGCCCUUAGCGUCUGCUGCAUACCAAGAAAACCUACCCACUCACUACACUGAGGAUUAUCAUGAAACUAGGCUUGCUCACGCUUUACACGUAUUUAACAUCCACGCAAGGGGUCCGGCCGUGCCGAGAUUCGCUCAGCAGCUGAUGGAAGACUGCGAAAGGCUCUGGAAGAACGGACAUCAAAUGUGCGAAGUUCUCAGCCUUACUGGAAAUCAUUGCAUGAAUCCAAUUCAUAGAAGUGAUCAAGAUGAUGAUGAUGUUGAUGAUAAGUCUCUUCCCGUGAUGUCUCAUUGCAGUCAAGUGAAAAUAGUGUCAACAUGUGAAUGUGGAAGAAAGCAAGCCACCAGAGAGGACCCAUUCGAUAUUAAGGUGAUCACAUUUUUGUCUUUUGAAACAGGAAACUCUGAGGAAAAUUCUUUGACCAAUGAGAUGGAACAACUGACCACAGAAGAUAAGUCUUCUCAGAGUCAAGAAGAAAGGGAUGAAAUCGUCAUCAGCAUCCAGGAAGAAAGCAGCAUUAGCAAAGAUAAAGGAAAUCUUACGAGACAGCCUUCUACUACAGAAUAUCUGCCUGGUAUGUUGCAUUCAGAAAGUAGACCAGGAUUACUUCCAAUGUUUUCCUCUUGGUCCCUAGUGUGUGUGGGACCCUCUAGUCUCUACUCCCAUAACAUUGGUUUGCAAGAUCAGCCUGGAUUCAUACCUGGAACAAAUUACUUACUUCCUUGAGAUGUGGCUGUAAAAUUGGAACAAAAAGAACGCUGGCCUGCAUUGUGGGAAGGGAAGAGAUCGUAUGGUCUGAAAUCUAAAAAGACUGUUAGAGAUGGUCCCCAGUUCAACGUGAAGAUAUUCAUUGGUGUAGAAUACGAAUGUUACAGGGGUCAUCGUUUUAUGUGCUCGGCUCCAGAUAGGGUGCUCAGAAUCACAAGCACUGGUCACGUUAAAGAUAAUGCAUCUAAAAUUACAAGUUCUGACAUGCCACUUUAUUUCCCUUGCCCGUGCAGAUCUUCCAAACCUCAAAUGGCCCAGUUGAUGCGAAUUCACGUAGUCACUCCAAAAGCUCCUGUUCACGUGACGUUACAUCCGAAAGUUCAGCCAGCCUCAGAGGCUUGCCCAAUAUUUUUUCCUACAAUUAAUGAACCACUGAAACUGACACAGUCAGCUUAUUGGGUCCUACGCUUGCCAUUUGUGUAUGAAGGAGAUCAUGGUCCCUAUCUUCCACCCAGAGAGCCUGUCUCUACAUGCAAGCUUUUAAAAGGAACAUAUAACAUUGCUGAGCAUCAAUCUAAUCGAUGAACAAAAAAAAAGAAGCUGUUCUACCAGUUAUCCCCUGCUCUUUUUCAAGAGGUCAUG